AUGGCGAGCCGACAUUUUCGAAUAGAAUUCCAUCAGCUACCAACACCAUACAUCAAUCCGCGUCGCCACGUUGAAGAGACCUUUUUGUCUGAUGGAAAAUGUGAACUACAUCUGCGAAAAGUUUUAAGUUGUAAAAAUGAUAAAGAAUUUUGCGGAAACAGGAACGAAGUGUUAUUCUGGGACGAAUAUUCCGGUAGGUCAAAGACUUCAACCGUCUUACGUUAUUUGCAGCCAUUUAAGUACUACGUGGAAAAGAAGCCAGACGAAUGGAAAGAACUUGACUUUCUGUUGUGGUUGAGAAUGGCGAAGACAAAUAAGGUGAUAAAACCAGUUUCGGAAAUCGUUGGGCGCCGUCAUUCGUAUAUAUGA